AUCAAUUUGAUGGGUACCUGGAACCGGGCAACAUUGGCAGUUUUGGGUCUGGCUCAUUUCACUGUGCGGUGUCCUCCAAGUUCCUCUGUGGUGUGUGUGUGUCUCAGGCUUUCCUUUUCUUUAAGGCUGAGUAAUGUUCCCGUGUCUGGAUAUAUAUUGCUUAUCAGUUCGUUCAUGGAUGGGCACUUGGGUUGAUUCCACUUUUGACUGUUGUGGGAAAAUUGGCUUUGAACAUGAGCGUACGAUCUCUGUGUAUUUAAACUGGGGAAAAGCCCUUUAUGCUGUUGUGUGAGACAGACCCUGAGCCGGGUCUGUCUCCCGGGAUUUGAAAUCUGUGCUGAACACGGAGCCAUUCCUUAUAGCAGGGGUCUGUGUGCAUGUGAGGACUUCUGUCACCUCUGGUACAUGGCACCACCCAUCACUGUGAUGCUGGAAAGCCCCUCUCCCCCAGAUUUUCAAAGCUUCCACUGACAGGGCUGCGAGGAGAACCAGGGGUACACAUUUGUCUAGCUCCAAACCUCAAGGCAGCAGCUGGGACAGAGCUGUCCCCUUCCUGUCUUCUGAGACUGCAUGAUGGCCGACUACUGGGCCCCUGCCUGGGAGGGAGCCCUGAGCUGGCCUGUGCUAGAUCUGGGGAAGGGCGUGUCAGGCCCCUUUGGAUCAAGUGCCCUCUAGGCCACAUGGCGCAGGGAGCCUGAGCUGGCCACUGGCACUUCGUGUCCCAUCUGCCCUGGUCCUGUGGGCAGACUCUCGUCCUGCCUCAGAGCUGGCUCUUGACAAACGGCAAGUUCCCACCUACUGUCUGCUUUGGGGCUCUGUUCUGGGUCUUCUCUGUCCCCCCAUACCUCUUAGCUGCCCCUGGUCUUUUUCACAGCUUCUGACCCUGCUUCAGAUUGCAGGUACUCAGUGGCUAUUUGGAAACUUAGUUUCUCUACAGUAUCUUUUAUUUGUUUAUUUUACUUUUUUGCAAUACUGAAGAUUGAACCCAGGGGUGGUCGGAGGCUGGCCUUGAGCUUGGCCAUCCUCCUGCUUCUGCCUCUGGCGUCCCUGGGAUGACAGGUGUUCGCCCCGGUAUCUGGCUCCACAAUGUCCUUUAGACCCCAUGGGAAAUGGUAACUGCCCCAGUGGUUUUUCGGCUUCUGAGCCUGCUUUCUGAACUAUCUGUUAAAGAUCUCAGUGCCCUGCAGAGUACUUAAAGGAGUGGGCUUCUAUUCUUUCAAGAAGUUUGAGACCUUUGCUUUGGAGGAAUCGUCCCAGUGCCCAACGCAUGGCUAUUCCAUCCAAGCAGAUUUCCUCACCAGCGUGACGCCUUUCCCUGGGGCACGGCUGUCCACUCUAGCCAGUCAUGUUCCACUGUUAGUACUACCCUGGGAAAUCCCUUGGGGAGGUGGCACGUGGGGAACAUGGCAUCUCACAGCCAGUCCAGCCGGCUGGUCCAGCACUUGCUCAGUGGCUGCCUCCGCAGUUGACUUCCACGGGGAGCUGUGAGUGUCGUGACCACCUCACUUGGCAACACCCUAGGAAAGCCAAGACUUUCCAAGAGACCAGAAACCUCACCUGGAGGCACAUGAUGCUCGCUGUGUGGCUCUCGGCUCUCUCUCCACACAGUCUUCGCUGGUGUGGCCUGCCCGGAAGUCCACGCCCUUGCGCUCCCUCUCUGUUGGGAUUCUUAAGGAUGCAGAGCUGCCAUCCACAACUGCAUUUUCUGCUGUUCUUCAGGCUGUUGUGAGGGGGAGAAGGGAGCUGUCCCUGUUUUGGGCUCCUUGCCCUUGGUGUUAAAUGACGCCCGUUAGCAGAUGUAUUGUUCUGCUUCGAGGCCGAGAACUGGAUUCUCUGGGUGCAAUGAAAGUGAGAUGUAAGCCCCCAGGCCCCCGCUUCCCCAGUUCCCAGUAACUGUUCCCCUACCAGCUUCUGUAAAUGCACAUUCAUCUCCAAAGCACUGUGAUUCACAAACCCAAGGAUCUGGUCACCAAAGCCCUGGCACCUCCGAGGCUGGGCUAUCAACAGUCAUUCUCUUCUGCAUGCUCUUUGUUGAGCUGGUCUUGAGCUCCUCUGUCAUUGCUAACAAGGUCCCCUGCCCAGGAGAAAGGAUUACUGUCUCCUCCCUCCCAGAGCCAGGCUCCCUUUAGCAGACUGAGCCCCCUGCAGCCCUCCGCUUGUUAUUGUUAGGUGGGAGGGUAAUGUCCUGAGCCCAGGUCUGCUGCAGAGUGGCAUGUGAGGGAACCCGGCGGGCCUUUUAUUUAAAGAUGGAAGGGCCAUGCUUUUUCCUUUAAUUUUAUUUUGACAUAACUUCCCACAGGCAUGGAUGCUGGUCCACUCUUGACCCAGAUAUUAGCAUCUACUCUGUUUAUCCUUCUCUAUCUACUCCCCCUCCAUUUUUUUUUUUUUUUUUUUAAGAAACAGAGCGUUAUCCUGCAUAAGCACAGGAUAGUUAUCUAAGCCAGGAAAUUAACAGUGCUUAAUUAGCACUGUUACCUAAUCUACAGAAUAUAUUCAUAAUUCACCAGUAGUCCCCAUAAUGUCCUUUAGGGCAAAAGAAAAUCCACUGUCGUGACUUUUAUUCAUCUUUCAUGUUUCUUUGGUCUUUUCCUUAGAACGAUUCUCAGUUUCAUCUUCUGUACCUCUGAUUAUUUUAUUUACUCAGCAGUGCUGGGGAUUGAACCCAGGGUGCUUUACCCCUGAGCUCCGCCUCAGCCCAUGCUGUCCUUUAUGUUGAGUCAGGGUCUCACCAAGUUGCCCAGGUUGGCCUUGAACUUGGGGUCCUCCUGCCCCAGCCUCCCUAAGCAGCUGGGUUCACAGGCCUGUGUCACGGUGCCUCUGGUGUUUUUAGACUGCAGCCAGAUCUUUUGGAGAAUGUCCCUGUGAUUGAGUUUGUCAGAGGUUUUUUUCCUGCCCCUGUUCUGCAGUAAGCCUAUGUUCCAGGGAGCUGCAGCUCACGGCCCAGGCACUGGUGCAGAAGUGUCUGGGCGUCUGUCUUUUAUGAGAUGCUGCGUCCAGAGCCUCUCUCCAGCAGAGCACCUCCCAUCCCUGCCCGCUGGAGUUUCCAUGGCGUCCACACAGGGUGCUUCAGCAGGAGCGCUGACCGCAGAGAAGUCUCACAUGUACCCUUGUGACCGUUCCUUCACACGAGUUCAUUAAGAAAGCAUUUUAAAAUCGAGAAUACCUCAGAAGUGAUUUGUGUCUCGUUGAGUUUCUUGAGUGGUGCUUUAAGACAGAGCCAGGUGCCUUUUAUCACAUUUGGAAGGUGUGUUUGGGGUGGCCUGAUGUCACUGAUGCUGUGAAGUGCGGGUCAAGUCAGUUUUCGUGGGAGAGGGCUGGGGGGCCUUGCGCACGGUGCAUUCUAGAUGAGGAUGCUGUGAGGGGAGAGGGCAGGGAGUGCUGGCAGUCAGAAUUGGGGCUGGGAAUUGCAGAGGGGAAGGCUCAAGGGCAGAGGAGCCGCCAAAAGCUCUGAUUGGCAGUGAUGCCACUUUCCCUGGGCGCUCAGAGCAUGUGCCCCAGGCUGGGUAGCUGCAGCCCUAGGAUGGCCUCUAAUGAGGGUUAAACGUCCUCUCUCAGCCACAGAGCAGGCGGCUGGUGUGGUUUAGUGCCAGGCCGAGGGCAGCCCUCUCCGUGGAGACCUCCAACUUCUUCUGGCUUGUGUCUUCCUGGCAGUACGUGGAACAGCGUGGAGUCUGGGUCCCACCUGCACCCCGCUGCCUGCUGCCACUCUGGAUUCUCUUCAUUUCUUUCACUGCCUCUGCUGGUGCUGAUGGGUAUUUGACAGCUCGAAGGAAUCAGGAGGACCAAACCCCUCAGGGAGUUUCCUUUUGUGACCGCACCUCUGCCCUCCAAAGGAAAAAUUCCAGUCAAUUUUUUAAAUAAGCUAAAUAUUUUCAUUUUUUUAAUUUUAAUAUUUGGCAGAAUGCUGGUAUGGGAAAAAUUGAUGGUAUUGAUUGUUAAUCAGAAGAUAGUGUUUUUGCUCUUUUAUUUUUAAUUUUAUAAUUUUUUUGGGGGGGGGUACCAGGGAUUGAACUCUGGGGCACUCUACCCGUGAGCCACAUCCCUAGCCCUAUUUUGUCUUUUAUUUAGAGACAGGGUCUCACUGAGUUGCUUUGGGCCUCACUUUUGCUGAGGCUGGCUUUGAACUUGUAAUCCUCCUGUCUCAUAGAACAAUCUUUGCUACGAAAUGUGUUUUCAGACAUGUUGAUGUGAGAACUCAUUAGCCAGGUACAUGGAACCUGUGUGUCCCCAAAAUGAUUAGGCAUUGAUUUAAAAAUACAAAGAAAUGAAUUAUUUAGAGCUAUCCCUUGUCAUAACUUGUUGCAAAAUCUUCACGAUUCCCGAGUUCUUAGGAUAAUAGUGGAAAAAACAACCAAGAGCAAGUGCACACCACGUUUGGGAUGUGCAUUGACUUCUCCCUCCAGCCAAAGGAGAUGACUGACACCAGGUUAAUUCGCUGGGCACUUGGCGUCUCCAGUGGUUAAGCCGCCUGGACUCUGGAAUAGACGGCUUUAAAAACCUGCGUCUGACGUUGCUGGCUCCGUGACCUUGGGAAAGCUUCUCCUCUGAGCGUUGCUUUCUUCUGCAAACCUGGGCCGUAUUGUCUGUCCCACAGAGUUGCCAUCAUGAAAUGUUGCAAGCCUCUGGAUACUGUAAAUUUGGGCCCAGAAAAAUUGCCCACAGGGGAGGAGCUGUGUCCCUUGUUCCUGCAGGUCUCUGGGGGCGGGGUCCUGGAGGUCUUCCAGGGAGCCCUCACUUAGAUUCUCACGUGGUGGCGUGGUUCCAUAAAACUGCAAUUACAGUUGCGAACAGACCAUUUUAAUUUGUUUUGAGGCUUCUUUUUGAAAUUAGUGACCCUUUGAAUCUGGACCGGGUGAGGGCUGCCGCUUCCUGAGGCCAUAUAAAUCAUGAUAAUUGAUCAAUCAGGAGUAAUUCUGAAUUUACGUCCUGGUGUGAACAGCAUGGUAAUUGAUCGCAUGUGUGCUGACUUAAGCCUUCUAAAAAUAAAGCCCAACAAGUGUGUGUUCAAUAUCAGCUAUUUUUAAAGUGCCAGAACAGAUUAGGGUUCCCCUUGUCACAUGGACUCCAAAGAAUAUUGAGAUGUUCUUCACAUUGUGAAGAACUGGUGUUCCUUGAAGAAAGUCAUUCCUUAAGGUUGCGAGUUUCAUUGAAUUUCCUUUUAGGGUAACACUUUCAUACGUUUGCAAUGAUGUAAUUACAGCAACGUAGAAAAAUUGAAAACUACGAUAAAGAGGCAAAUAGAAGCAUUUCUACUGAGCAUUAUCUUGACAAAAAAUUAUCAGUUAGAUCAUUUAGCAAUGGACACAGCGGCCUCCAUGUUGGAGUACGGUGGGGCAUGGAAACUGCAUGUGGAACACAUAAUAUUCCCAUUACUUCUUUGAAACUUUAGCUUAAAUGACUUGGGAGUACCUCAGGAUUAAGCAAGAUUUUGUUGCAGGAUUAUUAUUAGAUUUCUGAUGCUUUGUGUCAUUCUUCGAAAUAUCUGAGUCCUAUAUGCUUAUAAGAUGAUAUAAACAUAACAUAGGCACUGGGACUAGAAUCUGAGGUUCAAAGAAAUGCAGAAGGGAAGAAAUGGAGCAAAGAAUUUUUUUCCUUAUUUUUAUUGAAAUCUUGAAAUUUCUUAAUAUUCUCAGUGGCGCAACAUCUUAACUUUUGGUUGUUGUAUAAAGAUAAGUUGGAGAACUAGAAUAAAAAGUCUUGCUUUUUCCUUUCUUUUUUUUUGGGGGGGUGGUACUGGGGAUUGAACCCAGGGGCAUUUAAUCACUGAGCCACACCCCCAGCCUUUUUGAUGUUCUUGAGACAGAAUCUUGCUAAGUUGCUGACUUUGAACUUGCGAUCCUCCUGCCUCAGCCUCCUGAGCUGCUAAGAUGACAGGCUUGCGCUACUGUGUCUGGCUUCCCCUUCCUUUUCAAGGACUAAUGAUAAUGGUAACAACGUUGUAUAGGUUACAGUGUCUCCACUCAAAUGCCCUACCCCGAGUCUUGGUGCCUGGAGGACCUGUCCCCUUUGUGUUAAAUUGUAGAGAGAUCUGAUCGCAGAGAGCAAGGAUGCUGGAUUCUGAGCUUGACGAAGCUACAUUCAGAGAAACCUCAUCUUGACCUUCAUAUCCACAUCAGUCCUGCUGCUCCUUAGUAUUCAUUGGCCAGUCUUAACGGACUGUGUUUUGACAAAAAUGAUUUCUCCAAUUACUUUGAGUUAAAGGGCUUGUCCCGAUGCACAUGUAUGAAGGGAUCUGCAUAGAAUCUGGAGGGACUUGUGUGCCUGGGCAUGUAAGCACUAUUUUGACAGAAGGUCAGCUUGUGCCAUUUUACCUUUGUUAUGUAUGAGACUCAGACAAAUUACUGGAGCCCCAGACAAAUUGUAUUAAGUUUUAAGCUGCUUUGAACAUGGUCUACUAUUUAUAAGAAAUGGAAGAGUCUUUGGGGCAGGUAGUACAACCUAAGGAGGCCGCAAGGGAGUCUUCUUUUUUUGACAUCGAGGUUUAGUUACCUGGGAUGCACAUCCUAGGUAAGCUCAGGUUCAUUUGCCUGGUACAUGAAGCCACUCAAGUGAGAUGCAGAAGGUCUCCUCCAUUGGAUUAUGAGCUUAGCACAAUAUACAGGGAAUUACCCUGAUGGAGAGAGAAGAGGAUGGAAGGAGGUUGUCUUUGGUUACACAAUUACAAUUUUAAGGCAUUCAAUUAUUUGAGCUGUUUGUGACCUUUAUUAUAAAAGGAUCCCAGAUCUCAGAGAGCUUUUAGAACUUGGCAGAGAUUCAACAGGAGAGAGACAUCAGGUGUGCCUCCUUUCAUUCUGAAUUGUCUCUUUCCAGGCUUGAUGAGCGUAAUGCAUGUAAGAAAUACAAGCCAGAAGUAUAUGAAAAUACCGUCACACGGUCUCCUGAGAGAACCGACCAUUAUACUGCCAAAGAUUGCACAGGAGGGUCGCUCAUGCAGCUCAGCCAUAGAGAGUACUUGCCUAGCUGGUGGGAGGCCCUGGGCUUGAUCCCAAGCACAGGGGGGGAAAAUUAUGCAAGAGAGAAAAUUAGUCCUUCUGUGUCAUGGGGCAAGGGGACAAAAAACAACCCUUUCAUCCAGGGAGUAUUCCCAGAUUGAGAGGUAGCCAGUCAAGCUAGCUAGCAUUUCCUAUGGAACAGUAAUCCUUCAUCACCUGGUCAUUUUUUGCCAUACAUGCACCACCUGUUUAGCUAAACACUUAACGUUUUCCUUUAAGCAGUGUUAACUUAAAUUUAUUUUAAAGGGUUAGUGGAAAUGGAAUUUGUCAGUGUAGGUGGGAAGCCAUUUGCACCUGCUGUUAAUAGAGGAUAAUAGUAAAAAUAGUUACAAGGAAAACAGUAGAUUUCUUUUUUUUUUUAAGAGAGAGAGAGAGAAUUUUUUUUUAAUAUUUAUUUUUUUAGCUUUUCGGUGGACACAACAUCUUUGUUUGUAUGUGGUGCUGAGGAUCGAACCCGGGCCGCACGCAUGACAGGUGAGCGUGCUACCGCUUGAGUCACAUCCCCAGCCCAAAACAGUAGAUUUCAAUUCGAUGCUUUGCUUGCCGAGAACUGUGAUCCUUGAGCUCUGCUUUCUAUUAAGAGCAGAAAUUAUUCCGAGGUGUUUAGAAGUUGGGAUGGUGACUGGGAGUAGCCCAGGGCAGCGUUUGGGAUGAGGGUCCAAUUCUGUUUUCCAUCUGAGAAAAGGUUUGAGUGUGUUCCACUGUGGAAAGCCAUGGCAAUGUCCAUUGGGGUUGCGUUUUCUGCAGGUGUGUUACACUUAAACUUCAAUUCUUAAAAAUGGUGCUGUGAGCACUUAGCCUCACAUGGAAUCCGUUCAGCAGAUAUAGCCAGCUGGUUUGACGGACAGUGAAAUGACCUGCUCAUCAUGGCUCCCAAGGGUCCUCACAGCCCAGCCCAGCCCAGCCCAGAGCCACCUGAAGUGACGUCCCUGGGAGACACCUAGAGUAAUGCAAGUGCUCCCAAAAAGAUGCUCCCCAACUCCAGCCUGGUUGUCACUCCAUGCUCUGGUCUGAGCUAAAUGGUUUGCUUGGUGUAGGAACCAGGAACAUUUGGAAAUAGGAAUCCACUGCAGAGAGAAAGAAUCCCAUCACUGUCCAAGGAUUUCAGAGGCCAGAAGCUAAAUGUCAGUGUCAAGGCCAGAAAUGGGGAAAUUCCUCUUUCAUCAACAAAGUUUUGUUUUUUGUUUUGUUUUGUUUUUAAUGGCUUUUGGGAAAACUAGACCAUCUGUCUGCGUUCCUAUUGUAGGUAUGGACCACGUACAUUCUCUAGUGGACACAGCCCAAAGCCAGGACAGGCUUCUCAGGCUAGACUGCUCCCCAACAGAGCGUUUUGCAGACUUUGGGGUGUUGACCGACAGCAGGAAAUAUGUUUUUUACGUGACCCAGUGUGGCACUCACAGAUGGGUCUUUUGUACGUGUAUAAAAAUGGGAAAAAGUUUCAUGAGAGAUUUAUCCUUACUCCUUUCAGUGCAAUCUGAUAGUGCUCUUUUAUCCUGUUUCUUUUAACGUUCUUGGCCACCUACUAAGUUGACUGCAGUGGCCCACGGUUUGAAAACGUUCUGCUUUGGAACCCAGAGCUACAGUCCAGGGCGCCAGCCCAUGCCUUUUUCUGAUGCUGUACCCUGGAGUCUGUCCCAUCUGCUUAUAGCAACUUGGAGUCUCAGCCCGUUGCCAAGAGAAUGCCGUUAGAUUGGAUAUUAGGAUCUAUGACUGUGUUUGCCAAAAACAAGCUCCCCUACCUGUCAGCCUUGGACUCGCGCACUUCCUGCCUAAGGCCAAGUUCGUGGGUACUCCGUGCCUCCAAUGGAUGAUGGUGUCGGACAUUGGGCAGUGGCAUCAUAGCGUCCUUACCACAGAGGGACCCAUGCCCAGCCUUGGGAAGCCCAGGUGGUUUGAGUGUGGAGGUUUUGGGGUGUUUUUUUUUUGGGGGGGGGGAGAGGAGAACCAGGGAUUGAACUCCAGGACACUCGACCACUAAGCCACAUCCGCAGCCCUGUUUUGUAUUUUAUUUAGAGACAGUGUCUCACUGAGUUAGUUAGCACCUCACUUUUGCUGAGGCUGCCUUUGAACUCGUGAUCCUCCUGCCUCAGAUUCCUGAGCCUCUGGGAUUACAGGAGUGUGCCCCUGCGCCUGGUGCAUGUGGAUCUUUGGCGUGCAACGUAGCAUCCACCCUCCUUGAGGAGAUCUGGACCAGCCUGAGGUUUGAUGUGGGUGCUUUCCGUGGCACAUGCUGUGAGCGUGUUCCAGGUGCUGUCCAGAAGUUUGCGAGUUACACACAGACCUCUGAGUCCACCAUCAGUUGGACUCUCCAGUGAGGUCACUCACAAGUAUGCAGUUUGGUAGGGAAGGACCAAAGCAGAGCCUGCCUGGGUGUGUAUUGCAGGCAGCAGGACGCAGCAGCUGAGCUCGGUGCAUCCCCAGUCCCCCCAGCCUAGCAACGUGCCUGGUGCAGAGUCCCAUUGGUAGAGUCGCUGCCUGACCCCAGAAUAGAUUUCUAAGUCACAUGAUCAACUUCUGAGGGUAAAACAGCAGGCAGGCUAACAUUAGAAGCUUUCAAGGCAAGUGACACUGUGUCAUGAGGUCUGGGGGACAUCCGAUACAUUGACAACACCUCCCGCAGACAGGUGGAAUCUGCCAACUGUCCGUACAGGAAUAGCAGCAGGUUAAAAUAGCUUUCUUGCCAGCGCCAGGAGGAAUUCAGGAACAGAGAGUGCCUUUAUUUGGAAACACGGGAGAGAACGGCCUUGCCAGAGAAAGCCCUGAUUUUGCUUUAAAAAUAAAAAAGAUAAAUGGCAUCGCAAGAAAAUCAGAAGUUCAUUUUCGGGGACUUAUAAACUAAAUUUUUACAAGAAAGCCUGCCGCAUUUAUGAAUUCCAGUCUUUAUCUUUUAAGCAAACAUUUUUCUUAGUCCUGUCCAGCCAUAGGUUUUGGGAAAUUGUGUUAUUUCUGGUUCACUUGCUCGUUGAGAGACGAGAGUGUGGGUUUCCUUUGGCACUUGGGCUUGGUGCCCACAGAGCUGGGAGCUUUGCCACCAUAUUUGGAAAAUAUUUAACGUUGGCCACCUUGGUCUCCUUCUUCCUCACUGACCUUUGUCUUGCCUGUGUAAGGACAGUUGUAAGGACAUAGACUCAGUCCUGGAGGGCGCCAGUGCCCAUCUCUGUGGCAGCACCCGGAUUUCUUCCAUGGACAUUCAGCCAGUCUUGUCGCGAUGGGAUUUUCGUACAUGUUCCAGGAAAUGAUUCCUUUGCCACCGUCGCUUCAUUAAACCGAGUUCUCAGGGAAGCCAUAAACCACACGGAACAUUCAGAGGGCUCCUGUAGGGGGAAAUACAAAGAAUAGAGUUAAUCAAAGGCCUCAGGAAGGGUCUUUGGGGCCUUCUGUUCCUAGACGGCACCCGGAGAGACUGGAUGAUGGAGAUCAUGGCCAAGGCCUGCUGUGUGUCUGCCAAGGGGUUGGAGAUACGUGUCCUCCGCUGAGAGUGGAUGGAGGUCCCCAUGGAGAGGACGGUGAGCUGAGCACAAUGUAAAUCUUCAUAUAACCGAAAGACCCAAGAGAAGGACUUCAGUAGAAAUUUCCCGACAUGUUUUCUAAUAGCCUUGGCUGAUGGAAACUUUAAAACCAGAAUCCCUAAGCUCAGGAUGGUUGGCCUCACGGAGCUUCAUUUUCUUCCCAAACUCUCCGUGGAGUCCUGGAGGGGCCCCUCCUGUGGGAUUCUGUGUGGGCAGCUCACAGCUAGAGGGCUCCCUGGACUUGCAUGAAAAUGGCUUAUUUUGAAGGGUGAUAAAAAGGAUUUUUCAGAAGGCAAACGAUAAAUAAAUACAGUGCUGGUUUCUCUAUCUCUUGGGGUAUGGGCCGUGAGUGACCCUUUAGUCACUAAGGUUGCAGGGAGAGGUAAGCGCUCUACAGCGUCAGCGGCUCUUGUUAACACUUGCGGGGAUUUUGAGGGCAUUUGAUAUAGCAUUUUUGCUUAGGUCCUAACAGGGAUGAGCAUAUCCAUGACAGAACACAGUUCUUCCUCCCUCCCUCCAUCCCUGAAGUUUGGCAGUGAUCAUGGAAGACGCUGCUGGCACAAGGCUGCCAGGCUCCACUCGUGAAGAGUUCAGAAGCAAAACCAGAGCAUUACAAGUGGACACUUCCCCCACCUCCCCCCACCAUGCACCUCACCAGACAGCCGGAAUGCCCUGGCCUUAUCAAAGGAAUAAAAGGGCAGUGGGCUGGACGCGAAAGCGCAGGCUGAUUGUUGGUGGUUUCCCGUUGGCGACCACCUGCGCAGCAGAGCCCCAGCUUGAGAUCUCUGGGAGUUUUAAGGGAACUGGACUGGCAUCGUGGCCUAGAGGACUGGAGGGGUGGUGCCCGUGUUGCUAACCGUCUCUGGUUUCUGGAGAUUGGUCAACGGCAAAGAUUUAUCCAGAGCAACUCAUGACCAGGCGGUGGAGGCCUUUAAGACAGCCAAAGAGCCCAUCGUGGUCCAGGUAUUGAGAAGGACGCCCCGGACCAAGAUGUUCACUCCUCCAGCAGAGGCCCAGCUGGUGGACGCUGGCACGCAGACCGACAUCACCUUCGAGCACAUCAUGGCCUUGACGAAGAUGUCCUCGCCCAGCCCACCCGGCCUGGACCCCUACCUUCUGCCCGAGGAGCACCCCUCGGCCCACGAGUACUACGAUCCCAAUGACUACAUGGGGGACAUGCACCAGGACAUGGACAGGGAGGAGCUGGAGCUGGAGGAGGUGGACCUGUACAGAAUCAACAGCCAGGACAAGCUGGGCCUCACCGUGUGCUACCGCACGGAUGACGAGGACGACAUCGGCAUCUACAUCAGUGAGAUCGAUCCCAACAGCAUCGCGGCCAAAGACGGUCGCAUCCGCGAAGGGGACCGCAUCAUUCAGAUCAAUGGGAUAGAGGUACAGAACCGCGAAGAGGCUGUGGCUCUUCUGACCAGUGAAGAAAAUAAGAACUUUUCUUUGCUCAUUGCAAGACCGGAACUCCAGCUGGACGAGGGCUGGAUGGACGACGACAGGAACGACUUCCUGGAUGACCUGCACAUGGACAUGCUGGAGGAGCAGCACCACCAGGCCAUGCAGUUCACAGCCAGUGUCCUCCAGCAGAAGAAGCACGAGGAAGACGGUGGGACCACGGACACGGCCACCAUCCUGUCCAACCAGCACGAGAAGGACAGCGGCGUGGGGCGGACAGACGAGAGCACGCGCAACGACGAGAGCUCAGAGCAGGAGAACAACGGUGACGACGCCAUGGCGUCCUCCAACCCGCUGGCGGGCCAGAGGAAGCUCACGUGCAGCCAGGACACGCUGGGCAGCGGCGACCUGCCCUUCAGCAACGAGUCCUUCGUGUCGGCCGACUGCACGGACGUGGACUACCUGGGCAUCCCGGUGGACGAGUGCGAGCGCUUCCGCGAGCUGCUGGAGCUCAAGUGCCAGGUGCAGAGCGGUGGCCCCUACGGCCUGUGCGAUGCGGCCAAGAGCGAGCCCGAGAGCGUGGACAAGGAGCUGGAGCUGCUCAACGAGGAGCUGCGCAGCAUCGAGCUCGAGUGCCUGAGCAUCGUGCGCGCGCACCGGCUGCAGCAGCUGCGGGAGCAGGCGCGGGAGCCCUGGCUGCUGGCGCCCGGCGCCUUCCGCAGCUACGCGGCCAGCGUGGACGGGCGCCGGCGCGAGCUGGCCGACAUCACCGAGCUGCCCGAGAAGUCCGACAAGGACAGCUCGAGCGCCUACAACACGGGCGAGAGCUGCCGCAGCACCCCGCUUGCCCUGGAGCUGUCCCCCGACAACUCCCUGCGGAGGGCGGCCCAGGGCGGCACCGAGGCCCACCUCCUGGCCAUCACCGAAGACCCCGAGGUCGGCGCCCCACUCUAUAGCCCUUCGGCCAAAGAGCCUGAGCUCGGGCCGGCCCUAGAGGGCUCGGAGCGCAGGGCCGAGGGCAGCAGGAGCCCGCCGCUGCGCGCCGCCUGCCGGUCCGCAGCCCCGCACUCGCCCUACAAGCACGCGCACAUCCCCGCGCACGCGCAGCACUACCAGAGCUACAUGCAGCUCAUCCAGCAGAAGUCGGCCGUGGAGUAUGCGCAGAGCCAGAUGAGCCUGGUGAGCAUGUGCAAGGACCUCACCUCCGCCACCUCCUCCGAGCCGCGCAUGGAGUGGAAGGUGAAGAUCCGCAGCGACGGCACGCGCUACAUCACCAAGCGGCCCGUCCGCGACCGCCUGCUGCGGGAGCGUGCGCUCAAGAUCCGCGAGGAGCGCAGCGGCAUGACCACGGACGACGACAACCUGAGCGAGAUGAAGAUGGGCCGCUACUGGAGCAAGGAGGAGCGCAAGCAGCACCUGGUGAAGGCCAAGGAGCAGCGGCGCAGGCGCGAGUUCAUGAUGCAGAGCAGGUUGGACUGUCUGAGGGAGCAGCAGGGGGCCGAGGACAGGAAGGAGGUGAGCAUCCUGGAACUGAGCCACAAGAAGAUGAUGAAGAGGAGGAACAAGAAGAUCUUCGACAACUGGAUGACCAUCCAGGAACUCCUGACGCACGGCACCAAGUCCCCCGAUGGCACCAGAGUGUACAAUUCCUUCCUCUCGGUGACUACUGUAUAAUACCCGCCUCCGCGCGCUGUUCAUAGGAGUGACCACCACCGCGGGGUGGAGAUUCCUGCCUCGUUCAAUGCGGCACAUUGUUGUACAUAAGACAGUCAUCCUGUUUACGGUCUCAGUCUGCCACACCUGCGACUGGGCUGUCACCGCUGUUUUCAGUGCAGGUAAAAUUACACCCUUUACCAUCGUUGAAGGCAAUACUAACAGCUUUUUUCAAAUAGCAAUUGUACUUUUUUACUUGUUACCUUUUACAUAAAGUGUUUAAAUUUCAAAAAGAUCUUUUAUUACGCAUACUUUCACAGAAUAAUUUGUUGAAACUAUAUUCAUAUUAAAAAAAAAAGUUAAACACGCUUUUUUUUCCUGCCUAAAAUACAAAUACAACUGCCGGUAUGUAUUUUUAAUGGAAUCCUAUUUUAUAACCUUACUUUGCUGAAUGUGUUUCAUACGGAUGACCAUUAAUAUAUAUGUAGGUCAAGGUUUCAACUCAAAACCACCAACUUCUGUGGUUAAGGAUUUAAUAACAAUAAUCAAACCAGCACUACUUAGACUUGGAAUGAUACAUUGACACAGUUUUCUGGUGAAGGUUCCUAAGAGAGUGUAAAGGUAUUAGCAGAAAGCAAAAUAUCCUGCAGCUUUAUGGAAGUUUAAAGCAUGUUUGCAAAUAUUGCAGCCUAUUGGAAGAUAUGCAUGUACAGGAAAGUUGUCGAUUGAGAUGGUUUGUGAAAUUUUAAGUGUUCAUUGUAGUCAGCCUUUGCUUUGUAGAUCAGAAGGUACAGACUUAUACAAGCAAGUUCAUGAAAUCACCAUUAGUUACAAACACUAAGUAAAAUGAAGUUAAAAUAAAUUAUUAUUUUCUAUUUGA